AUGGGAACAAAACAGACUCACAUCCACACAGUUCAGCAGGCCAGCUUCAUGCUGAGAGCCAUGCUGCUCUCUCUCCUGCUGUGUGGAGUUGCAUCAGACUCAGAUGAGGCAGUCCUGACUGAGUGGGAUAUCUGGAAGAACAGUCAUGGCAUAGCCUAUGAUGAAAUGGACGAUAUUCAAAGGAGGGCCAUCUGGGAGGAGAACAAGCGGGAGAUUGAAGACAAUAAUCAGGGGUUUUUAAUGGGGAUGAGGCCAUUUACUAUGGCCAUGAACAAAUAUGGAGACCUGACAAGACAAGAAUACCAAGUUUUGCAAGGUGCCCUGAUAGAUGCCCAGUUCGUGAAGAGGGGGAAGGCUGUCUCAGCCCGAAGGUUGCGUAAUAACGCUAAGAAGUUUGAUUCUUGGUUUGUUGACUACAGGAACAUGGGUUACGUCACUGAGGUGAAAGAUCAGGGUUACUGUGGCUCAUGCUGGGCCUUCAGCACAACAGGAGCUAUAGAGGGACAAAUAUACAAGAGGACAGGUCAGCUUGUAUCCUUGAGUGAGCAAAACCUGGUGGACUGCUCCAGAUCUUACGGUACCUUUGGCUGCAACGGUGCCUGGAUGGCCAACGCCUAUGACUAUGUGAUCGGCAAUGGGCUGCAGUCGACAAGCACCUACCCAUACACCUCAAUGGAUACCCAGCCCUGUUACUACGACAGCAGACUUGCGGUUGCCCAUAUCAAAGACUACAGGUUCAUACCCAAAGCAGAUGAGCAGGCUCUGGCUGAUGCUGUGGCAACUAUUGGGCCAAUUACAGUAGCCAUUGAUGCAGAUCAUUCAAGCUUCCUGUUCUACAGUUCAGGAAUAUACGAUGAGCCCAGCUGCAACCCCAACAAUCUGAGUCACGCGGUGCUGCUGGUUGGCUACGGCUCUGAAGGAGGCCAAGACUACUGGAUCAUCAAAAACAGUUGGGGUACAAGCUGGGGUGAAGGCGGCUACAUGCGAAUGGUCCGGGAUGGCAGAAACACUUGUGGCAUUGCAAGCUAUGCCUUGUACCCUAUUCUGUGAUUCUGACAAGAUGCUUCAGAGUCGAGUGUUAAUGCUAUGCUUUUCCACCGGACUGCGAAUGGGGCUCCAGAAAACAACAUCAGUCAUUGCUCACACAACCCAUGACACUGUAGAUAAUGUUUUGAGCUAAUACUCAAAUCUGCCUUUUAACGUGAACACAUUGCUGCUCUCAGGGAUGUAGUUUACACACAAGAAUCUGUGGGUAGAGAUUAAUUUAAUCUUCAAAAUGUUUUUUUGAUUGUUCAAACUCACCCAAUAUAGAAAACUUCACCUUUAGUCAAAUUUAGGCUAUGUAACCUUGUACAGAGUUAAUAACAUAUUCAUCCACUUACAGAUAAAAAGUCAGAUUCAUUAGCAAUAAAAUGCAUUGUUGCAUUAUUUACUAGCAACACUAGUUUUGCUACUACAGCCUGUCAUGUUCUGUUAGGACCAGUAGCUUAUGUUGGCUAAUGUUAGCUCAUUUUAUUAAACUUUACAUAAGUAUUGCUGUGUGACAGACAUUACUGUCAAUAAAGUCAGUUCACUGACUUUAUUAUUUUUCUCCAGUUGUGCUACUGUUACUACAGUAGCUUAGCAUUUCAGCUGAAUGCUAAACAGUAAGGGAGACUGGAGGCAAUUGUAACAAUUUUUGGUUUUGAUGUCAUUACUCAAAAACCUCUUCAACUAUUUGGAUACAGUUUUUACAUAGGUAACUUGUAUCUUUGUUCUACUUGUUAACAGACAUCAAAUGUUUUUACAAGCAAUGUUAUAGUCACAAUAUUGACUGAAACACUAGAAGUCAAAUGUUACAUCUGCCCCCAUGUACAGGGGCAAUUGUAACAACUUUGACAAGUACGAGACAUCAGUUUGUCCUUUGGCAGGCAGAGAGGGAUCAUCACAGACCAUGUGCUUAAUGAGUUUCAUGGUUCUGUCUCAUUUCUGAUUGGUGCAAUUUGAGAUGUUACAAUUGCCUGCAGUCUCCCCUAGUUUUACUGUCACCUGUAGCCACAGUGACCACUGUUCAACGAAUGUUACAGUCUACCUUUAACAAAUGAGUAAUAUUUAUUAUUAUAUCAUUCAUUUACAUUAUGCAACCCCACUGAUUGUAGAGACUAUACUAAAUACAGUCAAUCAGGUGCCCAGCAUGUACAUUUUUAACAAAUAACUGACUGUUAAAGGAUACUGAGUGACUCAAUGAGCAAUGUUAGCCACUGUUUGUUUUAACUCUUGUGUUGUGAUAUCUUCUGACUGCAAAACUUUAAUAUUUUUGUUACAGUAGCACUUGUUUUACACAUUAAAAUAUGAUCCUGGUGGCCACAGUGUUUCAGGCCUUGAAUCUGUUUGA